CGCCGUUUUUUCCAAACUCGAAAAACAAAAUUCAUACGACACCGUUUCACCACCCAACAGAAAAUCCUAAAUCUAAACCCAGACCAGCUCCUCGGCUUGUGGACCCAGAACGUGAGUAAGUUUGUUGAAGCCAUGGAAACUGGAACCAAAGAUUCUGAGCAGGCCAAAGACAAAGAGAGCUCGAACAAAACCAAGUGUAUUAUGAAUAUACAAGGGUAUCCAGUAAAGGGUUUGUCAAUUGCAGGCCAUGAAACCUGCAUAAUUUUCCCUUCUCUCAAUAUAGCCUUUGAUAUUGGUCGCUGUCCCCACCAAGCUAUACAGCAAGACUUUCUCUGUAUCUCCCAUGCCCACAUGGACCACAUUGGAGGACUCCCCAUGUAUGUUGCAACUCGUGGCUUAUACAGAAUGAAGCCCCCAACAAUCAUUGUACCAACAUGUAUAAAAGCAGAUGUAGAACAACUCUUUGAGGUGCACAGAAGAAUGGACCAAUCAGAGCUGAAGCAUAAUCUAAUUGGCUUGGAUGUUGGAGAAGAGUUUUAUUUGAGAAAAGACCUUAAAGUAAGAGCUUUUAAGACAUACCAUGUCAUACCAAGCCAGGGCUAUGUAGUUUACUCUGUAAAACAGAAACUUAAGCAGGAGUACAUUGGCCUUCCUGGGAACGAGAUUAAGAAUUUGAAGUUAUCAGGUGUGGAGAUUACAUACACUGUGACAGUACCUGAAAUUGCUUUCACUGGAGAUACCAUGUCCGACUUCAUAGUUGACCAAAAUAACAUAGAUGCCUUGAGAUCAAGAAUUCUAGUUAUGGAGUGCACCUUUGUUGAUAACUCUGUUCAAGUGGAGGGUGCAAGAGAUUACGGACACAUGCAUAUAUCUGAGAUAAUAGGUCAUGCAGAGAGAUUUGAGAACAAAGCAAUUCUUCUAAUCCACUUUUCAGCUCGUCAUACAGCUGAGGAAAUUCAACAAGCUGUAUCUGCUUUGCCUUCACCUUUAGCAGGUCGAGUUUUUGCGCUCACAGAAGGUUUCUGAUGGGAACUGGAGUAGUGUAUUUCUGUUUUGGGCACCUGAAUGCUGUUGCCACUUUGGAGUCAGUGGAUUCAUUCAACCCCCACUACUAGCUCAGAAAACUGAGUUGGUGACAUUGUGAUUUGAAGCUUGUGGGUUUAUGUAGGCCCCCCAAUUUUCAAGAAGAAUUCCAGCAGGAUGCUUAGUCGGGAAUGUUCUUUAAAGCUUGUUGGUUUUCUCGGGAAUUUUAAGUUCUUGAGAUGCCAUAUCCAUUUCUUCUUUUUCCCUGGGUGGCUGCGAGGGUGUGUGGAAGUAGGGGGGAUUAAAUUGGCUAAACGUUGGUCCUCUCAUUUGUCUCAAUAUACUGAUUUUAAUUUCUUUCAUUCUGGCUCAACGCAAUUACCUUUUGAUACAAUGUAGUAAGAGCACAUUUUUUGUGUGACAACUGACUAAAGAUCUCGAAAAAAAUGAUUCAUAAAGCUGUGAAAGCUCAUGUUGACGAAUCAGUUGAGUGGUA